AGGGUGGGAACACGCCACUGUAUAUGGAAGAAGACCACAACAAACUACACUGUAUCCUGAAGAAGAAAAACAACACUAGUGUAAAAAAGGACAUUUGUUGAAGGUGUGAAACAUGUCUAUCGAGGAGGAAGAGGACGCUAGUCUGAAGGAACUGGUCACCAAGACUCUACAUAACAAGGGCGUCUUGGGUAAAAUACAGGCACAGUUACGAGCAAGUGUAUUCUUAGCUCUGGAGGAUGAGUUUAAAGAUAAAAACAUACCCCUGGUCAGUACGUCAGCUAGAAAACUAUUAGGGACCCCUGAGGGUGCCACUGCAGCUGCCCUCAUUCAGGAUUUUCUCCAGUGCCUUGGGCUCGAAUUCUCCCUUGCUGUUUUUGCACCUGAGUCUGGACAUUCAACUGUCUGGAGUUUUCCUGGUACUGAAGCCCUUACGAGUAAUCUCAGCUUGAGGACUGAGAAAGACCACAAGACUCCAUUGCUAAUGGAACUUCUGAGAGAGAGGAAAUCUUCCGUCAUUUCUCAUACUGAGAAUAACAGCAGUGAAGUGAAACCGGCACUGAACAGAAAUAAAGAACAUUCCCAGUUGCCUGUUCUUAAUGGUGUACUUCCUCACUCACAUGCAACAAGUAGCAGUCAGUUACUUAAGACUCAACCAGAAUCAAAUCCUUCAAAUAUUUCCCUUAAAAAUGGGGAACCUGAUGGUCAUGAUGCAUCUGAGAAAAGGGAGGCAGAGAAGAGAAAUGCAAUGAAUAAAGCCAAUAAAAACUUACCAAAAGAGACAGUAAAUGAUGGGACUGAGAAUAGUACCGAUGGUUUGUCUUUCAAGUUGACAUCUGACAAUGAUUACCUUAGCUCAAGGAGUAAACCAGAUAGACAAAAAGGAGGUGUUGACAGCAACACUGUUUGUGGAUUUCCUGCCUUGCCACCUGUGGAGAAGAAUGACACUCAUAACUCUCUGAAUGGUAAAGAGAAUCAUUAUUUGUUAAUUUUUUCUCCUAAAUGUUAUGUAGCAAUUUUUUUUUUUAAAUAUGUUCGCCAUUUCCCACCAAAGCAGAGUGACCCAAAAAUAAAGAAAAACCCAGAAAGAAAGAAAAAACUUUCAUAAUUCAACACUUUCACU